AUGGCGGCGAUUGAAAGCUCGCUGGCCUUCUCCGUGGCGUCGGUGGUGGAGGAUGUUCUGCAACAGCACGGGAACCGGUCGCGUGGGCUCGAUUUGGAUGCUCGCAAGGCGGAGGAAGCUGCGAUAAGAAGAUACGAGGCCGCCGCAUGGUUGAGAAAGCUGAUUGGAGUGGUGGCCGCUAAGGAUUUACCGGCCGAGCCUUCCGAGGAGGAAUUUAGGCUUGGGUUAAGAAGUGGGAUAAUUCUGUGCAAUGCACUUAACAAAAUUCAGCCUGGAGCAGUACAAAAGGUAGUCGAACGUCCAUGUGACUCCUCGAGUGUUCCGGAUGGUGCUGCAUUAUCUGCUUAUCAGUACUUUGAGAAUGUGAGGAAUUUUCUAGUAGCGGUUGAGGAAAUGGGAAUGCCCACUUUUGAGGCCUCUGAUCUCGAGCAGGGAGGAAAAUCUUCAAGGGUGGUGAACUGUGUUUUGGCUCUUCAGUCCUACUGUGAAUGGAAACAGACAGGAGGAAAUGGGGUGUGGAAAUAUGGUGGCAAUCUGAAAACGAAUACAUCCGGGAAACAGUUAAAUCGUAAAAAUUCUGAUCCAUUCUCAAAUUCUGUGUCAAGGAGUGUCUCGUUGAAUGAGAAAUCUCAAAAUGGUACAUGUCUAGAGACAGCUGUUAAUAGAACGUCGAAUUCUUCAUUGAGCAUGCUUGUUCGUUCAAUAUUAUUGGAUAAGAAGCCUGAAGAAGUCCCUAAUCUUGUUGAGUCUGUGUUAAGUAAGCUUGUUGAGGAGUUUGAGCAGCGCAUUGCAAGCCAACUUGAAUUGAAGAAAGCCAACUUCCGGGAUGCCACAAUUUCCCAUGGCAACAAAUCUGUCUUAAAGCCUCCUUCAGCCAAUGUGAAGAAUGUUGCAACACUGAGGAGAGACGACUCAUUGCAGAGGAAACACAUUGAUGAAGAAUCAGAAAGUCGACUCAUAAAGCAGCGAUUGAUUAUUGAUCAACAGCAAAAAGAUGUUAACGUGCUGAAGCAGACUCUUUCUACUACAAAAGCUGGUAUGCAGUUCAUGCAAAUGAAAUUCCAUGAAGAAAUUCACAAUAUUGGUCUCCACAUUCAUGGACUUGCCCAUGCUGCUUCAGGCUAUCAUAGAGUUAUGGAGGAAAACUGCAGACUUUAUAAUCAAGUACAGGACCUAAAGGGAAACAUUAGAGUUUACUGCCGUGUCAGGCCAUUCCUGCCCGGACAAUAUAAUCACUUGAGUACUGUUGAUCACAUUGAGGAUGGGACUAUUAGUAUAAGCACUCUUGCUAAGAAUGGAAAAGGGCGAAAAUCCUUCAACUUUAACAAAGUCUUUGGGCCUUGUGCAACUCAAGAGGAGGUCUUUUCAGACACCCAACCACUUAUAAGAUCGGUCCUUGACGGUUAUAAUGUGUGCAUUUUUGCUUAUGGCCAAACAGGAUCAGGAAAAACAUACACUAUGACUGGACCUAAGGAUCUGACAGAGCAUAAUCAAGGAGUGAAUUACAGGGCAUUGCGUGAUUUAUUCUUCCUUGCUGAGCAAAGAAAGGAUACUUUCUCCUAUGAUGUCUCAGUUCAGAUGAUGGAGAUUUAUAAUGAGCAAGUUAGGGACCUCCUUAACACAGAAGGCUUAAGCAGAAGAUAUCCUUUUCAUACCUUAUAUCAGUAA